UUGUGAAGAGUUGGAAUACUGAUACCACAGCAGCAGAGGAAAACCAGACUUCUGCAAGAGCGAGCACAUCCCAAGCUGUCCUGAUGGAAGGAGAGACAGUACCCGAGGCCAGGAGAGCAGCCAACAAAGCCACACGGAUCGCCCUCGGCAUCUUUGUGAGUGGCACCAUUGUGCUUGGCACCGUGCUUUUCUUGGUUAGCCAAGGUCUUUUAAAGUUUCAUCCAAAGCAACAGUACUGUUUGACCUCAGAAUGCAUUGAAGCUGCUGCUGGCAUCCUAAGCAAGAUAAAUCAAUCUGUAGAUCCAUGUGAGAACUUUUAUCGAUUUGCAUGUGAUGGCUGGAUAUAUAAUCACCCUAUUCCUGAAGACAUGUCAAACUAUGGUGUUUAUCCUUGGCUGCGACACAAUGUGGACCUCAAACUAAAGGCAUUGCUUGAGAAACCCAUCAGCAAAAGACGAGACAGUGAAGCUGUACAGAAGGCCAAGAUCCUUUACGCAUCCUGCAUGAAUGAGAAUAAAAUAGAAAAAGCCGACGUGAAACCCCUGUUAAGUAUACUGAGGCAUUCACCUUUCCGCUGGCCUGUGCUGGAAUCCAACAUUGGACCUGAGGGGCUGUGGUCAGAAAGGAGGUUUAGCUUAGUACAAGCCUUGGCAACUCUUCGUGGUCAAUACAGUAACUCUGUCUUCAUCCGUUUAUAUGUGGCUGCUGAUGACAAAAUCUCCAAUCGGUAUAUCCUGAAGCUCGAUCAAGCAAGCCUCUCUCUUGCAUCUCGAGAGGAUUACCUAGAAAACACCACAGAAGCUAAAUCUUACCGAGAUGCCUUUUUGCAGUUCAUGGUUGAUACAGCAGUGCUUCUGGGCGCAAACGCUUCACGAGCCGAAUCUGAUAUGAAGUCAGUUCUAAGACUGGAAGUUAAAGUAGCUGAGAUCAUGAUUCCAUAUGAAAAUCGAACAAGUGAGGUGAUGUACAAUAAAAUGAACAUAUCGGAGCUUAGUGCCAUGAUUCCACAGUUUGACUGGCUGGGAUACAUCAAGAAGGUGAUUGACACCAGACUCUAUCCUGAGCUCAGUGAUAUAGGUCCUUCAGAAAAUGUGAUUGUCCGUGUUCCCCAGUACUUCAAAGAUUUAUUCAGGAUACUAGAAAAUGAAAGGAAAAAGACUCUUGCCAAUUAUCUGGUGUGGAGGAUGGUUUAUUCAAGGUUAUUUAACCUCAGUAGACGUUUUCAGUAUCGGUGGCUGGAAUUUUCUCGGGUGAUCCAUGGAACCACAACUUUGCUGCCCCAGUGGGAUAAAUGUGUGGACCUUGUCGAAAGCGCGCUCCCUUACGUUGUGGGCAAGAUGUUUGUGAACGCUCAUUUUCAAGAAGACAAGAAAGAGAUGAUGGAGGAGUUGACUGAAGGAAUUCGCUGGGCUUUUAUUGACAUGUUGGAAAAGGAAAAUGACUGGAUGGACUCUGAAACAAAAAGAAAAGCUUAUGAGAAGGCAAAAGCAGUUAUGGCAAAAGUGGGUUACCCUCAGUUUAUAAUGAAUGACACAUAUGUUAAUGAAGACAUCAAAACACUGAAGUUUACAGAAAGUGACUAUUUUGGCAAUGUGUUGCAAACUCGCAAAUAUGCAGCCCAAUCUGAUUUCUACUGGCUUAGAAAAGAAGUUCCAAAAACAGAGUGGUUUACAAGCCCAACUACUGUAAAUGCUUUUUAUAGUGCAUCUACCAACCAGAUCAGAUUCCCAGCAGGAGAACUGCAAAAGCCUUUCUUUUGGGGAACAGAGUAUCCUAGGUCAUUAAGCUACGGUGCCAUAGGAGUAAUUGUUGGCCACGAGUUUACUCAUGGAUUUGACAGCAAUGGUCGGAAAUAUGACAAAAAUGGAAAUUUAGACCCUUGGUGGACAACUGACUCUGAAGAAAAAUUUAAGGAGAAAACAAAAUGCAUGAUUAAUCAAUACAGCAAUUACUACUGGAAGAGAGCUGGCUUACAUGUGAAAGGCAAGAGGACUUUGGCAGAAAACAUUGCAGAUAAUGGAGGUUUGCGAGAGGCUUUCAGGGCAUACAGGAGAUGGAUUGCAGAAAAGAGGGGAGGAGAAGAAGAGCCUUUACUGCCCGGCCUUGAGUUCACACACAAUCAGCUUUUCUUUCUGAGUUAUGCCCAUGUAAGAUGCAACUCCUUUAGACCAGAAUCUGCGAGAGAGCAAAUAUAUGUUGGAGCUCACAGUCCUCCUCAGUUCAGAGUUAUCGGUGCCAUGAGCAACUUUGAAGAGUUCCGUAAAGCUUUCAAUUGCCCAACAAAUACAACGAUGAACCGAGGGGCAGAUUCUUGCCGGCUGUGGUAGAUGUCCCUUCCAGGUCUUCUGUCAAGAGGUCUGCAAUGUGAACUGCUGCAACCUGAGCUCAAGCCCACUGCUAGUUUCAGAAUAUCAUUCUGCAGUCUGGAGAGCUGUUACUUCAAAUGCCUCUUCCUUAUCCAUGCUGAUAACCUGCAUGGACCUAAUCACUCUUUAUCCAGAGCCCAGAAACUUUUGAAAUAGGAGUAGAGGACAGGUUUUCUUUAAUAAUAAUUAAAAAAAAGGAAGUUCUUUUAUCCAUAAAGCUACUCCUGUUCAUCUGCAGUUGCAUUGCUGUUGAAGGAUAACUGCCAUUAUCAAUUCUAAUUCCUGAUUUAUAGUUAAGCAAGAGGUAAAUGCUAAAAUCCAGUUUUAAUCUAUUGCUCUGCAGGGGUGCUAUGCAGAAUGCUCCCACACAAAAUUUAUUCUUUCUGGAUGAAGAAAUUCAUGAGACCGGCUAUAAAGCCAGCUCUGAUCUGCUGUGGGAUACUGCAUUUUCGUAACUUAAAUUGUCACUGCCCAGCAUGCCAUAAAUGAUGUUGCAUGAUGUAAAGACACAAGACUUUAUAUAAAUUCGGUUUAAUAUGUCAGAUUAGUGCCUCAGGUUUUGGAACAGUUUCAAGCUGAGAAAGCACCUCAUGGUUUGCAUCUGCUAGGACUAAACAGAAAGGAUACUUGUCAGAUCCUGGCCUUUUCUAAUUUUAGAACAGCUUAUGAUAAAAAUCAAUGUAUGGUGAAAAUUGGAGGCUUGCAGAGGGAAUUCCCAGCACCAUGAUACUCAGAAAUAUUACAGCACUUAUUCCUGUUUACAGUGUGGGCAGUUUUUUUCCCCAAGGGGUGAUUUUUAUCAUGUGCUGAAGGUAGUUUCACCUACAUUUAUUUUUAAGCCUGAAAUGCUAUACCAGUUUUAAUUUAGGGAUUUCUUUGUGUCUUACAGAGGAAUGUACGUAGUGCGCAGGUUUGUCCUCAUGUUCUGGACAGGCCAGGGUGACUUGUGAUUUUAAGGAAAUAAGAGUAUGUCACUGAAAAACAGAGUACCAGCAGCAUUUGACUUUUCUGGAUAAAAAGAGAAAUUCAGGAGUAGAGGACUU